AUGUCCAUGGAUUUAGACCAAGCUCGACGGCUGGUCUCUGAAUCUGUUUCACGUAGAGAUACAACGUUUCGUGCAAAGUUUUUUGUAUACCAAUCGUUUAUUGGAAACAUCGAAGUGAGUUUGAAGACCAAACGUCAUGUCACGUUUUAUUUCAACAGAAAACAAGAUAUUCGGAUCGGCAACUCACCAUCAAGACAAUAUCGGCUUGUGUGUAGAAACGAGCGCGAUGUGCUUAUUGUGGCUCCAGAAGAUUUUCUCAAUUCGCGAUGCCGCUUCAAGUCUUACAUUGAAUCAAGUAGCCAGUAUUCGAGAGUUCGGCCGUUGAUAGAGAAAAGAGCCGAGAAGCGAAAGUUUGAAGAGACUUGCGUUAAAACAGAAGUCUCCAUCGCACCGAAACACGCACUCGAUAACAAAUUAUCGAAUGAUACUUUUGAUUUGAGAAUGUUUGUUGAAAAUUUGAUUUCACAAGUUGUGUUAAACUUCGAUGAACCGAAAGAGAUUCGUUCAAAAAUUGAUUGCAAUUCGAAAUCUCUUCACAUCACUCAGACGAUGUUCAAGCCGCAAAGCGAGAAUGAGCCAAUGGUUGAAGAAAAAUCGAAUGCAGUACUGCAAGAAACGCACUCGUUCCAGCAAACGUACCUGACCAAUGGCAAUCCGUUGACCCGAAUUGAAUACGAAGAAUAUGCACCUUCAGUAUCAACAAAUGGCAUCGAUCCUUCGUAUUCCUAUGAUUCUUCAUUCUAUGAGCCAGUCUAUCAAACGACAUGUGAUUUGACUACGAAAUAUUUGCCGGAAACUCUAACUCCAAUGGAACCAGGGACAUUUUCAAACGAAUCCAAUGAGCAAAAGCCUACGACGCCGCGCGAGGCACAAGUUUCGUAUUAUACUACUGAUGUGGACAGUUUUGCGGAGUUCUCCGAAUUUUUCACUGUUAACCCGAUGAUAACAAAUGAUACCGACAAUGAGGCUGCUUUAUCAAAGCGACCGAAACUUGAACAACAAAAUGGAUCAAAUAAGGAGGUUACGCGAGAUGUUGUUUCUUUGGAAGAUGAUGGAACGGCCAAAGCAAAUCAAUUUUCUCGAGUUUCGGCUCCAUACGUUUACAUUCCCGGAGAUGAAAAUUUAUUAAACGAAGAAUUGUUCUAUUUCCCUCCGAAGAAUGUCGAUGUGGAUAAAGCGGAUCAUAUACUCGUGUGCAUCAAAGAUGUUCAUACAUUGGAACGUUGCGAGUUUGUCAAUGACGUUAUUAUUUCAUUCAUGAUUAACUACCUUUAUUUUUAUCGAAUUCCGGAAUCACUACGAUCUAAAAUUCACAUUUUCAAUACAUUCUUUUAUUCGCGGCUAACCAAAAAUGUGCCACCCAUGUCGUUAUCCGGACGCAAAGAGAUUCGAGAAGGAAAUGCGAAAAUUGAGCUCAAAAAAUCAAUUAAUUAUUUAUCCAAAUGGACGAAAAAGUUUGAUUUGUUUGAAAAGGAAUUCGUUGUUAUUCCUGUCAAUGAAGAUUACCAUUGGUUGUUAAUGGUAAUUGUGAACCCAAAUGGAGCGAUCAUUGAAGUAGGAAAUGAGGAAGAAAGUCGAAAAAAACAAAACACAUAUAUUGUGUUUAUCGAUCCAUUAAGCGGCUUGGAUCCAUCGAGAAGAAGGCAUAUGGGGGCCUGUCUUAAGGAGUACCUGAUCGGAUUGUUCGAGAACACGAAAACAAAAGACAUGAAGUUUGCUCCCGAAAAAGAGUGUGUAUUCGAUGCAAGUCGCGUCGAGGUUAUUCGCCUCAAAAAUACACCAAUUCAAAAGAAUUUCUACGAUUGUGGUCUUUACCUUUUACAUUACAUUGAAGCUUUAUUCUGUGACAUUAAACCCGUCAAAACAGAGGAAUUCCCAGAUUUUAAUUGGGAAGAAAGAUUUCCGGAAUCCUGUGCGAUGGCCGAUUUAAUGCGAGACAAAGUUUACAAUCUUAUCCAAGUGUUUACUCCAAAGAAGGGAAGAAGUCGUUUGGAACGAUUCGAGAGAAGACAUAAACGAGGACUGGGAACUGAAGGACCCAGACGCCAUCGUCGUCACAGUGCUGCUUGGCCGAGGAACUCGAAGAGGAACGAGGCCUAUUAUCGUCGAGCGUAUUCUCUGAGCCCACCACCAUACAAUGUGCAAGAACUUGUUAAAGAGUUCAACAAUCCGCGUGAGAUUGCCACCAUGCCCAUAACUCGUCGCGUCAGGGAAAUUUCUCUACAAGAAUAUGCAUUUCCACCGGUGUACUGA